AUGAUUACAUUACAAUAUAAUUAUGAAAGAACGAAAAGAAGAGCAGAAAUGGCAUAUCUUAAAGAACAUUAUCCACAAAAUAUAUUUCAAUUUCAUAAAAUAGAAAAUGAACUAUCAGAACAUUGGUUUAUUAUUCCUGAUAUCCUUAAAAGUAAUUCAAAACAAAUUGCAGAAAAAGGAGAACCACAUGGAUUUUUAAGAAAUUUGGCUACUAAUUUAAUUCCAAUUUAUGGACAAUAUCAAGGGUAUCGUUGUUGGUGUAAUAUUUUAGCAAGAAAGUUAUCUUCAAAAUCAUCAGAAGAUGAAAAGAGAAUAUUUCAUUUGGCAUUUCAUGUAUAUAAAACAAAAGAAUUAAUUGAAAAAUAUGGAAAUGAAAUAAAAACAGGUAAAAUAUGUGGUAUUUGUAUUGAAAAGAAUUUUAAUGGGAAUAGUGAUUAUAUUAUAGAUUAUGAUGAUGGUUUUUAUCAAGACAUAGAAUUAAAAUUUAUGAAUUAA